AUGAAAGCCAUUCAAGUGACCAAAUACGUCUCCGGACCCCAGGACCUCUUUGUGACCACCCUUCCCACGCCCUCUCCUCAUCCCACCAAAUACCUGAUCAAAAUCCGCGCCUGCGGCACAAACUUCUUCGACCUCCUCCAGAUACAGGGCAAAUAUCAGCAUCAACCGCCCUUGCCAUGGAUUGCAGGCAUGGAGUUUGCGGGCGUGGUCGUCGCAACACCCACCACUCGUGAGGGGUCCAAGAGCGCAGUUGCGAGCAGCCUGGAUGGCACCGUCAGCACGCAGACGGACCACCAAUUCAAGGUUGGGGACAGAGUGUUUGGUGCCACACAUGGAGCAUAUUCAAGUCACAUCCUGGCGUCCGAGGACUCGUUGUUCCCGGUCCCUCAUGGCUGGAGCUUUGCCGACGCUGCGGGUGUGUAUGUGACCACUCCCACAGCUUACGGCGCACUAGUUGUCCGAGCGAAUGUGCAGCCGGGCGAGUGGGUGCUUGUGCAUGCCGGAGCUGGAGGUGUUGGUCUGUCAGCUGUACAAAUCGCAAAAGCUUUGGGAGCAACUGUCGUUGCCACGGCUGGGUCGGAGCGCAAGAGGCAGGUCUGCUUGGAUUACGGAGCAGACUACGUGGUGGACUAUCGCGAUAAGAGCUGGCCGCAGAGAGUCAUUGGGCUGUGUGAGCAGCACAGAACAGGUAACGGCAAGAAAGGAGUGGACGUGGUAUACGAUCCCGUCGGCAUGAUCGAUCCCUCCAUCAAAUGCAUAGCAUGGAACGGCCGACUCCUUGUCAUCGGCUUCGCCGGCGGCAGCAUCGAGAAAGUUGCCAUGAACCGAGUCCUCCUCAAGAAUAUCAGUAUCGUUGGUCUGCACUGGGGCGCAUACAGCCAGCAUGAGCGAGAAACAAUUCCGAAAGUGUGGAAAGGCAUCUUUGAUCUCAUCAACUCGGGCAAAUUGAAGGGCAUCACAUAUACCGAUAAGCACUACAAGGGUCUAGAAGAGGUCCCCCAAGCACUGAUUGCCUUGGGUGCACGCGAUACAUGGGGUAAGGUGGUGGUUGAGCUAGAUGAACACUAUGGUGAGGAAGGCAGGAGUAAGCUCUGA